ACAUGCUCUGUUUCAUUUACAUAUUGCCAUUUAGAGGAAGCAUGUUCUUGGAGGAUAAAAGUUGAUUUACCCCUUUCCGUUUUCUGUAUAUAUGCUGUCCUGUCUAUGUGUCUGUUGGUGGAUCGUUGUCAGCUUUUCAUCCUCGAGUCCUUUACUUUCUCCUUUUUUUACUCCUUUAUAUUGCUUUUUGUCCUGGGAGUGCGGACAACCACCCCCUGAAGCUCGGGUCCAACCGCACCGAGAUACCUAUCUAUACCCUUUGUCAGACGGCCCCCCUUGGUGCGGCGUGCAUUAUAUAGACCUGUUCAUCUAGAUCAGCAUAGAUUAUCUGCAUUAGAGCGCAUCUUCAUUGAUGUGGGUUUUAUUUAUAUU